CUACAACCGACUGCAGUCCACAGCACAGGGAGGGAGAGGUACUCACUGCCAUUCACUACUCACUCUCUGUUUUAUUAUUAGCUCACUUGGAUCUGGCAGCAGCAGGGACUCUUACAUUGCGCACAUACUGGGAUCUCAGGUAAAGGUGUGGGGGCUACAGCAGGUUUUGGGCUCGAUGGAAGCUGCUGUUUUUGGUCAGGUAGGACUUAAUUGAUGGCCCUUUAAUUUUAAAAACCCACACCGUCGUAACGCCGCGCGCUGAAAGCACUUGCUCCAUUUUUUUCGCGCACCGAUGUUCAAGACGGCCAAUUACCCGACCGUGGAUCCCGCGCCCACCAUCAUGCACGGCACCUGGUUUUCCACGGGCUGUCGAGAACACACGGUCGUGGCGGUGGAGAAACCCAAGAAAAAGGCGUUCAGCCUGGUUAAAAUCAUGUCUCUGAGCAACAAGAAAGGGCACGGCCAGCAUCCGCACCACAACAACAACAUACCCUUUACGAUCCACUGUCACAUCGGGAAAGAGAUAAAGCACAUUUGCAGCAAUUGCAGCCGCGGGAACGAGACACAGGAUGCUGAGGAAGUAGAAAGGCUGGCCGCCAUGCGUUCUGAGUCUUUGGUCUCUGGCACCCACACUCCACCCAUCCGUCGUCGGAGCAAGUUUGCCACUCUGGGACGCCUCCUCAAACCCUGGAAAUGGAGGAAGAAGAAGAGUGAGAAGUUCAAGCAGACCUCUGCUGCUUUGGAGAGGAAGAUGUCUAUGCGGCAGAGCAGAGAUGAGCUGAUCAAGAGAGGAGUGCUGAAAGAGAUCUUUGAAAAAGCAACCGUUGAGUUCCGAUCCUCGAUGGAUGGCGGGGUCUGCACUCAGGAGCCCCCUCUUAAAUCGUCUAUGGUCCUACCCUCCAAGAAAACUGUCACCUACUCGAGUGACCUUCAGGAUAAUCAUACAAAGCCCCCGCUGUACCACAAACAGCCACCUGCACUCCCUCCAAAGCCUUUCUCCAGGAUCCCAAACCAUAUCACAGACUCGUGCCAGCCAAUGAAGUUGCCCUGUAUGCCCGGAGGGAAGCACUCUCCACCUCUACCCCCUAAGAAAGUGAUGAUUUGUGUGCCUCAAGGGGGGCUGGACUCUUCCUCGCCCUCACCAUCCCCAAACCCUAUGAGCGUUUUAUCCCAAAAGUGCAUCUCAUCCCACCAUCACGGCACCUUACUGCCCUCUCAGCUUGCUGGUCUUCACCAGAGCCACGGUCACCCCCUCCAGUUACAGUACGGUAGCCUGCACGCGCCCAGCCGUAUCAUCGAGGAGCUCAAUAAAACCUUGGCGCUCUCCAUGCAGAGGUUUGAAAGCUCUGCAUUACACGGGGUUGGUCAGUGUCUUCCACUGGACCGAAGAGAAGUGCCGUCUGUGAUCAUCGACUAUGAGGACGACAAGGAGAACAUGCCCGACGAGUCAGACUACGAAGAUCUGCCAAGCAUGUACAAGGACGAGGACGACGACGUGGAUGACGACGAGGAUGACGAUGAAGAUGAUGACUCAAUAUUCACAAGUACCUUAGCUCAGAAGGUGCUGAGGAAAGACUCUUUGGCCAUCAAGCUGAGUAACCGUCCAUCCAAAAGAGAGCUGGAGGAGAAAAACAUCCUGCCCAUGCAGACCGAUGAGGAGAGACUUGAGUCAAGGCAGCAGAUAGGCACCAAACUCACAAGGCGCUUGAGUCAGAGACCAACAGCGGAGGAGCUGGAACAGAGGAACAUACUCAAACCUCGUAACGAGCAAGAGGAGAUGGAGGAGAAGAGGGAGAUAAAACGAAGGCUAACACGAAAGCUGAGCCAGAGGCCCACUGUAGAGGAGCUGAGACAGGCCAAAAUUCUCAUCCGUUUCAGUGACUACGUGGAAGUAUCAGACGCCCAGGACUACGACAGGAGGGCAGAUAAGCCCUGGACCCGGCUCACGGCAGCUGACAAGGCAGCCAUACGAAAGGAACUCAACGAUUUCAAGAGCAAUGAGAUGGAAGUGCACGAGUCAAGUCGCCAUUUAACCAGGUUUCACAGACCAUAGUAGACCAUCACUGUCUUGAGCAGUCCCGGAUCAGUCCCACUGCUCCUCCACUGAGAACCUUAAGUGCUGGACAGUAAAAUGGUGCCCGUUUCUACAAUAAGGCCAUGUCUUCUGAAAUGCCUUUUUCAAGACCCAAAACAACUGAGUCGGUACUACGCUCCCAAGAUGCAGACACCCACUACUCCAUCCACUGUAGUAGCACAUACUGACUCUGGUUGAUUCCCAUCGCCCUCCUUUGGAAUUAGCUCGACUGUCUCUUCAACCUCUCUGCUGAGCUCUCAGGAAGGCGCUCAGUUCAGUGGCGAUCAGACAGCGGGAGGUUUUGCUUUGCUUUGCAAUUGACCGACACUUUCAACAUCUACUGAGAAAAGCUGCACCUUGGCUCAUCAACAACACCAGUGGACAUGUCUCAGUGGACAUAUUUUUAAUCCCUCUUCCUUAUAAUGCUGUCACUUUGGACUCCUCUUGCCCAAAUCUGCACUUGGAUGCAGCGCUGACUGUUCUUAGCUCACUGAUAACAGCAGAGGAUCAAUCUUUACUGCACCUGCUGGGACUUAAGAAACAGCGGAAAACAGAGGGUGUCUAACAUUAGACUCGUGCAAUAUUUUUUCCUCUGCUUCUCCUAGGCUAUAGCACCCCCUAGAGUCCCCCUGUGUCAUUACUAUGUAGUCCUGACCUCUCUUCCUCCCUCAUAUGUGCAAUUCUCACUGUACCGACAAUGUUGACAUCUAAAUGCUUAACUGUGAAUUUGAGAGUUUUUAGCUCUUUCCAAAUGUACAUUUUGUUUAUAGUGAGGAAGGAGAGUUAUGUUCAAAGUAGAAUCAUGCUUGACCAAGUCACAAUCUUAUAAAUUUUAAUGUAAAAAUUGCAGCUGGCAGAGAUAUUCUGGUUCCAGUGUGCGCAACUAUGAUCGUUUUUUUAUGAUUUAGUCAGUUUUUCAUUGUUUUUGAUAGAGGCACUUGCAUCAUUGAUUAUUACUUUAAUGAUUUUACAUGUUUGAGCUCUUUGGAUUGAGAUUUUUUUUUUUAAAGAACAAAAUACCAAGAGCUGGCUCACCACGUUAUCUUGUACUUUUUUUGUGUGUGUUUGCAGCGCUGUGUUAAUGAUCUUUGCAUUGUAUUAUACUUUCCUUUUAUACUCAUGACAUUAUACGCUUUUAAACAAGCAAUAUCUGUUGUUUGUAGAGCAAAUGUUAAACUACAGGUGUACCCUCCACCAUUUUUUACUGUGCUUAUACACUAUGCCUCACUUCAGGGUUUUAAUUUACUUUUAAGGCUUUUUACAAGAGGACUUUUUCUGCAUUUUAUUGACUGAGCCACCAAAAAUUCUUCCUCUUUAACAGCUUACGGACUCAUUCCAAAACAUUUGAUUCAAUCUCUAAUCUCCGAUUGAACAUGACGAUGAAUUCUGACAUGAGUACAGUUUCGGGUGUAUUCACUCAAGUCAGGGUUUUUAGAUUUUUAUUGCUAAAGAUUCUUUGCACUGUUAAGAGUUUGGCUUUACAGUGGUUGCUGUUUUCAAGGUCAGGGCCCAAAUAUGUAAAAUAUUGUUGGAUUUCUGAACUGUGACCACUUUGUUUCUUCACUUCAACAAGUCUUGUCACUUGAUCACUGAUCCUACACCAGUAUUGAAUGCUCAUAAGCUUUAUGUAUUACUUUUAAAGUUGCAAUAUGAAAUUCUUGUUUGACAGACAAAAGCAGUAGAGGUAAAAGGCUGUUGGCCACCUACUCUCACACAGUUGUCUGCUAACAUGGUGUCCUUUAAUUUCAAAGUCUCUAUCAGUGAUGGUUGAGUGACUCUUUAAAACCCGGGAACAUAGAAGAACACCUUAAUUGCACUUUAUGAUUUUUAGGUUUCUUUCAAAUGGAAGCAGUUUCCCCCUUAAAAUCAGUAGUUCAUGUCACACUAGUGCAACUUUUUUUAUUGGGUCAUCCUUUACAGGAGACUUUAAAAUAUAUGAGGUGUCUUUUUGUGUAAGAACCAGCUUCUGUAUGAUUCCAGCAUACGUCAUUAAUUUACACGUCCCAUCCAUAGGUCCAGUACAAUAGAAAAUAACAGGAUUAAAUUAGGACAAAUCUGCUCCAGUUGUAAUUUCAACUCCAAGAAACAAACCUGAGCCACUGGGCUGAGCAUGAAGUUUCCCAUUUCGCUGGAAUCAAGGAACAUGAAUUCAGCAAUAAUUGUUUUUCCUUUUUACAUGUUGGUGAAGCAGCUGAAUGAAAUUGAAAGUGUUCCCUUUUUUUCAUUUUUGAAAUACAGAAUACUGUGUACAGGAUACAUCAUGCCAAUUAAAUUCCAUUUCUGAAUGCAUUUGAA